CCUCACGACGAACCCGGUCCCGGUUCCGGUCCCAGGUCGCGGCUAAACGGACGAGGAGGCGUGGCCAGACAGCUCCAGUGGGCGGAGUCACAUCGGGCCCCGCCCACUCGAGGCCGAGCGCCACGCGGCCGGGCCCUGGCAACGGCGGGGCCCUCGGCGCCCGUCCGGGGCUGCCCUCGGCGCCGCCUGCUCGCGGGACGGUCCCGCCGCGGCUCUCGGAGCCGCCCCUGCUGGUCUGACCGGUCCGACCGGCUCCGCCGCCCGCUCCGGCUCGGCCGCUUCCCGCUCGGAGCGGCCGUGACCCGCCGCGGUGCGGGCCGGGGGGGCGCGCCAGGACCGGCGGCGCCGCGGGCAGUCCCGGGGCAGCCGGUCCGGUGUGAGGGGCGGUGGGAGCGGGACGGGAGAGCGGCCGGUGACAGCGGAGCCCUGAGGAUGCGGGACCGGAUCCCGGGAAGCUGCAGAGCCCCGGGGAUGCGGGGCCGGGUCCCGGGAAUCGGCGGAGCCCCGGGGAUGCGGGGCCGGGUCCCGGGAAUCGGCGGAGCCCCGGGGAUGCUGCUCGGCCUGGCCCUGGCCUUGGCAUCGCUGCUGCCCGCGGCCGGAGCGCGCCGGAGCCAGGACCUGCACUGCGGAGCCUGCCGGGCGCUGGUGGAUGAGCUGGAGUGGGAAAUCGCCCAGGUGGAUCCCAGAAAAACCAUCCAGAUGGGCUCGUUCCGCAUCAACCCCGACGGCAGCCAGUCCGUGGUGGAGGUGCCGUACGCCCGGUCCGAGGCGCACCUGACGGAGCUGCUGGAGCGCGUCUGCGAGAAGAUGAAGGAGUACGGGGAGAAGCUGGACCCGGCCACGCAGCGCAAGAGCUACGUGAGGGUCAUCUCCCAUGAUGGCACCAAGAUGGACCUGUCCGGGGUCAAAUUCGACGGGGACGUCAUCAACAGCCUGAAAUUCGCUUGCGAGAGCAUCGCUGAGGAGUACGAGGACGAGCUGAUCGAGUUUCUGUCACACGAGGCUGACAACGUCAAGGACCGGCUCUGCAGCAAGAGGACGGACCUGUGUGACCACGCUCUGCACAUCCCACACGACGAGCUGUGACUGCCUCGGGAGCGGGGACCGGGAUGGCACCGGGACCACCGGGCUGUCCCCAAGGAUGUCCCCAGGACCCACCGGGACAACCCACCAGGAUCUCCUUGGGACCCACCAGGAUCUCCUUGGGACCCACUGGGAUGUCCUUGGGACCCACCGGGAUGUCCCCGGGACCCACCGGGACAUCCCCAGGACCCACCAGGAUGUCCCCAGGGAUGUCCCCAGGACCCACCAGGACAUCCCCAGGACAGACAGAUCUCCAGGACCUCCCCACCUGCCUCACCCCGUGCAGAGCUCCCGUCCUAUUUAUUCCCCAUCCGGGGCCACCGGGACGGCCACGGGGCCGGGGCCACCUCCUGGCUCCUGUGGGGACAUUUCAGGGACAUUCCUGCCCCACUUUUGGGGGACAUGGGGACACAGCGGGGCUCGGGGUUGGGGGGCUUGGGGACCCCCCUCUGUUUUGCAGGCAAUAAAGGGGCUGUGGGCAGCUCUGGUGUGGUGUGUGUGUGGGGUGGGGACAGCAGUGUCCCCAUGUUGUCCCCCUUGUGGGUGGCUCUGUGUCACCCCAAGGGGGUCCAGCCCCUACCCUGUGUCACCCUGUGUCACCUCAGGCCAUCCACCAUGCAGGUGCUGGCUCUCAGCUGCCACCCGCUGCCAUCCCACCCUGCCACUGAGAAGGUUCUGGUCUCUCUGCCGUGUCCUGUGUCACCUCAUGUCACCUGGCCAGGGGACAGCAGCGGCAGGAGGGCUCUGCCCCUCUGCUGGCACCCGUUACCCUGUGUCACCCCAUGUCACUCCAUGGUGUCACCCGGGGCCGGCAGGACAAUGUCCUGGUCUCAGCGGCCAUGGUGACAUGCCACCCCCUGACGUCACCGCUGAGCCACAUGCCACAUCCUAUCGCCUCAAGCCACUGUGGCCACCUACAGGAUGACGUCAUGGGCUCCCUGUGACCUCAUACCGCCCGGCCGAGCGCCUGGUGACGUCACGGGGCAGCCCCCCGCCCUCGCAGCGGAACCCCACCGGGACACCGGCGCGCCGCGGGGAUGACACCGGGCCGUGACGUCACGCACUGCGGCCGGUGACGUCACGAGACGGGGCGGGCACCCCCUCACCCCACCCCUGGUCCUGAUCAGGCGAAUGCGGCGGCCACCUAU